AGGGGAAAUACUGAACAAGCAAAAGCAUUGAAAUCUUCAUUACGGGACCUCUUAAAAAACGACGAAGAGUUAUGUAAAGAAUAUGAAUUACUAAAUACAUGGCUUAGUGUCCCUGAGGAAGAGAACGUUCGCGUUUUACAAUAUAUUGUUUCUCAUGAAACAAAUUCAACACAACCACUGAAUUUUAAUAAUACAGCAAAAGAAGAACCGGCAGUAUCUACGAUAAAUAAUAAUUCAGACGAUUUGAACGACUAUGAGAAAAUUAACGAACCCUUAGCUCUAAAGGUUUUCGCUCUCAAGGUUCAUUUACUUAAGCAUGUUGAGAGAUCCCUCUUUAGUUUUGAUUCAUUUCAAAACAUCAUCAAUAUGUUCCUUCAAAAUCGGUAA